CAGAGAAAAAUGUCCAACAAAUCCUCUGGAUCUGAUUUUCUGCUCCUGGAAUUCUCAGAUGUUCGGGAGCUGCAGUUUCUACACUUCAUGGUUUUUCUGAUGCUGUACUUGGCAACUGUGAUGGGGAACCUGCUCAUCAUCUCUUCAGUCACCUUAGACCGCCACCUGCACACCCCCAUGUAUUUCUUCCUGAUGAACCUGGCCAUGCAGGAUAUUGGUCAAGUUUCAGUCACUGUCCCCAAAUCCAUGAUCAAUUCCCUCCUGAAUACCAGACUCAUUUCUUACUCAGGGUGUGUGACUCAGGUCUUCUUUUUCUUCUUCUUUAUAAUGUCUGAUUUCUGUCUCCUCACAGUCAUGGCGUAUGAUCGGUAUGUGGCCAUUUGCAAUCCGUUACGUUAUGAGAUGGUAAUAAAUAGGCAGGCCUGCAUUGAAAUGAUUGCUGGUGUAUGGAUAGCUGGUUCUCUCUAUGCAGGGAUACACACCUGUGGGACAUUUGCAACCCAAUUCUGCUCUAAUGUUGUCAAUCAAUUCUUUUGUGAAAUCCCACAGCUAAUAAAAUUGUCUUGUUCUGGCUUAAAUGUAAUUGAAAUGAGUAGUAUUAUGAUGGGAGUCAUCCUUGGCCUAAGCUUUUUAAUCUAUAUCCUUGUAACUUAUGCACAUAUUUUUACCACUGUAUUUAGACUGCCUUCUGCAAAGGGGAGGCAAAAGGCUUUCUCCACUUGCAUCCCCCACCUCAUUGUGUACUCCACAUUUGUAUUCUCUGCAUGCUUUGCCUACCUAAAACCUGCUUCUCAGACCCCAUCACAGCUGGAUUUGAUAUUUGGUGUAAUCUAUUCCUUGGUCCCACCCUUAUUGAACCCAGUGAUUUACAGUAUAAGAAACAAGGAAGUCAAAAAAGCAAUGGCAAAGUUUUUAGGGUUUAGGGGCUUUUCUACAAAUACAUGA